UUCACAUUCUCUCACUCUGCUUCUCUCUCAGAAGAAAUGCAAUUGUGAAAAGCCCUAAACUUUCUCACCGCGAAGAAGACGAUGGAUCGCAAGGGAAAGGGUAAACAGGUCGCCGGGGAUGAAUCGUCUUCCGGCGGAAAUAAAAGGAAAAACACUGUCGAAUUCAGAGAUGAAGGUUUGAGGAUUAAGAAGCGGAAAAACCCUGGGGUUCUUCAGUUCUUCGAAGAAUCCGCUGAAGUUGGCUACUACGGAGGUAGCUCCGACGAAGAUGAUGACGGAUUAGGUUUCCUUAACGAUAUGGAAGACGAACCUGAGGUGGAAGAGAGUGUUAAGCCUGGCGAGGGAGAAAAGGGCAAACCAUCCUUUGUUUUUCCUAAGGAAGAAGAUAUAAACGAGGAAGAAUUUGAUAGAAUGAUGGAAGAAAGAUACAAGCCAGGUUCUGGUUUUCUUCGAUAUGCUGAUGAUGAUGUGAAAGAUGCCAUUGAGAUGGAUGCUCUUGCUCCAACUUCCAAGGAUCCUCCAAUAUGGAAAGUCAAGUGUGCGAUUGGACGGGAGAGGCGAUCCGCUUUCUGUCUCAUGCACAAAUUUGUUGAGCUGAAAAAGAUAGGCACCAAAUUGCAGAUCAUAUCUGUUUUUUCUUUGGACCAUGUCAAGGGUUUCAUUUUCAUAGAAGCGGACAAGGAACAUGAUGUUCUUGAGGCCUGCAAGAGUUUAACUGGUAUAUACGCUACUCGGAUGGUGUUACUUCCUAAAGCCGAAACUCCAAAUCUGCUAACUGUCCAAAGAAAAACUAAAAAAGUUUCUGAGGGAACAUGGGCUCGUGUUAAGAAUGGCAAAUACAAAGGAGAUCUUGCUCAGAUUGUGGCUGUGAGUGACACUAAGAGUAAAGCAUUAAUAAAGUUAAUUCCGAGGAUCGAUAUUCAGGCCUUGACCCAAAAAUAUGGUGGGGGAGUUACUGUUCAAAAAGGCCAGUCUCCAGCUCCAAGAUUGAUCAGUUCAAGCGAGCUCGAGGAGUUCAGACCUCUCAUUCAAGUGAGGCGAGAUCGUGAUACUGGAAUAACUUUUGAGCAUCUUGAUAGCAUGAUGCUGAAAGAUGGGUAUCUCUAUAAGAAAGUAUCCUUAGAUUCAAUAUCUUCCUGGGGGGUUGUACCAUCGAAGGAGGAGAUACUAAAAUUUACGCCUGUAGACCGAAAAGAAACUGGUGAUGUAGAGUGGAUCUCAGAAAUUUAUGGUGAAGAAAGGAAGAAAAAGAUUCUUCCAACCGGCAGAGGGGGUGGGAAAGGAGAAGGAUCAGGGGGUGGAAAAGGAGAAGGUUCAUCAGAAUUUAAGUCAGAAAGUAGCUAUGAGUUAUAUAAUCUAGUUUGUUUCAGUCGAAAAGACUUCGGUCUGAUUGUGGGCGUGGAUGACAAAGGUGACGGUUACAAGGUUCUGAAAGAAGGUUUAGAUGGACCUGUUGUAGUCACUGUUGGGAAAAAGGAAAUGCAGAAUGGACCUUUUGAUUCAAAAUUUACUGCCUUGGAUCUGAAUAACAAACAAAUAUCAGUUAAUGAUGUUGUGAAGAUUUCCAAAGGCCCAUCCGAGGGUAAACAAGGAGUUGUAAGGCAAGUAUACAGAGGGAUCAUAUUUAUUUAUGAUGAGAGCGAGGAAGAAAAUGGUGGAUAUUUCUGCUGCAAAUCACACUCAUGUGAAAAAGUUAAACUCUUUACUGAAGACUCCAAUGAGAAGACUGGUGGAUUUGAUGCUUCUGCUUUUGGAGAUUCUGUAUCCUCCCCAAAAUCGCCGCUAUCUCCUGAAAAAGAGUGGCAGCCCAGGGAAAGAUACAAUAAUUCCAACCAAGGAGACAGAGGUAGCACGUAUUCUAUAGGCCAAAAGCUGAGGAUACGGGUGGGUCCAUUGAAGGGGUAUCUCUGCCGUGUAAUAGCUUUACGCUAUUCUGAUGUUACAGUCAAGCUUGAUUCCCAGCAUAAAGUUUUCACAGUUAAAAGUGAGCAUCUAGUUGAGGUUCGCGACAGAAACACUGCGCUAAGUACAAGUGGGGAUGCGGGCAUGGGUUCCUUUCAACCUUUUGACAUGCUUGGAACAGAAAGCAGCACUGGAGACUGGGCGAAAGGAGCAGGCACGUCAGGUGAGGGUGGUAACUGGAAUAUAGGAGGCCCUUCUACUGAUUCGAACCCAUGGGGCAGUAAGCCUACGUCUGACGUCUGGUCUCAGCAGCCGACAGUUACCGAUGAUAAUACUUCAACAUGGGCCAAUGCAGCAGCUGAGAACAAACCUGCCUCGGCUAGUGAUCAACCUGGUGGUUGGGAUUCCUGGGCUAAAACACCUGCUUCUGAAGCUGGCACUGUUAGUGGGUGGGGAAAUACAAGUGCUUCAAAUGUUGAAGCUUCUUCGUGGGGAAAACAAGGAGCUUCUACUUCCAAUGUUGCAGAUUCAGGUUCCUGGGGUAUGCAUGGUGGAAGCUCUGGUGGUAAUAAGCAAGAUGAGGACUCAGUAUGGGGUAAACUAUGUGAAGCUUCUGAAUCGAGUCAGAAGAAAGAAGAAUCGUCUUGGGGUAAGAAAGGGGGAUCUGAAUCUGGUUUGGGAACGGGAGAUGGAGAAUCUAGUUGGGCCAACAAAGAUGGAAAUUCCAGCGCAAGUAACGAAGAUGGAGUUUCCUGGGGACAACAGGAUAAAGGCUCUGAUGGGAGCAAGGGAGGAUCUGCAUGGGGUAAUCAAGGUGGAGGUUUUGGUUCAGGAGAGAAAAAAGAUGGUUCUUCUGGUUGGAACAAGUCAGCAGAAGAUUCCAAUGCCAAUAGUAAGGGUGUUCCUGGCUGGGGUAAACCAGAUGGUGGCUCUUCAUGGGGUAAACAGGAUAAGCAAGACGGAGCGGCAUCGUGGGGUAAAAAGGAUGACGGAGGCUCGUGGGGUAAUAAGGAUGACGGAGUAUCAUCGUGGGGUAAGAAAGAUGACGGUCAAAAGGAUGAUGGAGGAUCAUCGUGGGGCAAAAAGGACGAUGGAGGAUCUUCUUGGGGCAAAAAGGAUGAUGGAGGAUCUUCUUGGGGCAAAAAGGACGAUGGAGGAUCUUCUUGGGGCAAAAAGGACGAUGGGGAAUCGUUGUGGGGUAAAAAGGACGAUGGAGGAUCUUCUUGGGGCAAAAAGGAUGAUGGAGGAUCUUCUUGGGGCAAAAAGGAUGAUGGAGGAUCAUCAUGGGGUAAGAAGGAUGAUGGAGGGUACUCAGAACAAACAUUCGAUAGGGGAGGACGUGGGUUUGGUGGGAGAAGAGGAGGAGGUCGUCGAGGUGGCAGGGAUCAGUUUGGGAGGGGAAGCUCCUUCAGUAAUUCUGAGGAUCCGGCACCAUGGAAUAAACCAAGUGGCGGAUCUAGCUGGGGCAAGCAAGAUAGUGAUGGUGGCGGUUCAAGCUGGGGUAAAGAGAAUGAUGCUGGUGGUGGAUCUGGCUGGGGAAAGCAAGACAGUGGUGGUGGUGGUUCAAGCUGGGGUAAACAGAACGAUGCUAGUGGUGGUGGAUCGAGCUGGGGCAAGCAGAAUAAUGCUGGUGGGGGAUCUAGCUGGGGCAAGCAAGACAGUGGUGGGGAUGGUUCGAGCUGGGGUAAACAAGAUGGUGGUGGUAGUAGUGGUUCUGGUUGGGGUAAGCAGAACAAUACUAGUGGUGGAUCAAGCUGGGGCAAGCAGGGUGAUGCUGGUGGGGGAUCUAGCUGGGGCAAGCAAGACGGUGGUGGGGGUGGUUCAAGCUGGGGUAAACAAGAUGGUGGUGGUGGCAGUGGUUCUGCCUGGGGUAAGCAGAACGAUACUAGUGGUGGAUCAUCAAGCUGGGGGAAGCAGAGUGAUUCUGGUGGAGGAUCUAGCUGGGGAAAGCAAGAUGGUGGUGGGGGUGGUUCAAGCUGGGGUAAACCAGAUGUUGAAGGUGGCAGUGGUUCUGCGUGGGGUAAGCAGAACGAUGGUGGUGGUGGUGGAUCGAGUUGGGGCAAGCAGGGUGAUGGUGGUUCUAAACCUUGGAAUGAACAGAGUGGUGGUGGAAGUAGGGGAGGAGGAGGAUUCCGAGGAGGUUUCCGUGGAGGCAGAAACCAAUCAGGUAGAGGAGGAAGGUCGUUUGAUGGUGAUCAAUCAUCUAGCUGGAAAACAGACAAUCAAGAAAACACUUGGAAGAGCGACCAAAGUGGUGGAUCAGACUGGAAAAAAGGAUGGGGAGAGGAUUCAAACAAUAGCAAACCAUCUGGUUCGUCCUCUGGUGGUGGUGCUGGAAACUGGCCUAGCUGGGAUACUAACUCAAAAAGAGAAACCAAUGACAAACUGGGAGACGAAAGCAAAUCAGCUUGGGGGACCAGUAACGAUCAGGCGAAUACCGAUAACAACAAUGACACUUGGAACAAAAAGCCAAACAAUGAUGUCGGAAUGAGUGGAGAAGCUGAUAAUGCAUGGGGCGGCAACACAAAUGCGCCUUCACCAAGUGGCUCGGCAGCGUGGGGAACCGGUGACAAAAAAACUGGAUGGUAAAAAGAAAUCCUGACUUGUAAG